CAGAGCAGACGGGCUCGGGAUGCGUUACCGAUAAGUUGUCUUAAAAAAUAGUGCUCCUAAAAUUCGUGACAUUGUUUACAAUUAAUGUGUUAUUAGAGUGAAGUUUUGUUUAUAUUUAUGAGAACAGUAGUGUGCUGGGUAAACUGUUGCAUUAUUUAACGGAAAAGGUAUGAUAAGUUGUGCAGCGCCCUCCGGGAUACCUCCCGCUCCUCACACACAUUCACCUUCUUGGAGCACCAUGCUGCAUCAACCUGCUAACAUUAAAUCGGAGCCAAUAGAAGAGGGAAGUUUUACGAAGGAGCAGGCGAGUGGAUUCUACUCGGAAGGGUUCCACAGUGCUUCGCCCUCAUCCUCCAGCAAGGAUUCCAACGGACACUCACCUAGAAGCGUCGGCAGCGCUGGUGAACCUUCAUCUUUCUACGACAGCAUGGCACUCAAGGCAAAAGCCAACCUGGGCAUGCAUUUAAAUGCUUAUCGAAACUGUUUACCAUACAGUCUGCUGACCCCUCCUGGUUUCGAUGGUCGAGCCCCAGAGCGUGAACAUUCACCAAGCUAUGAGCCAUAUUCCCCAUCAGCUGGCCAUCCUCCAACCCACGCCUCAACACCACUAACUCGUGCAGAUGCCACUCCUCCUAAAUCUCCAAGAACACCAACAUCUCCUGAAGGUGAUCACGACCGAAGAUCAUUUGAUCGUUUCCAUGAUUCCGGUUACGACGUUGGACAGAAUAAACAGGAUGAAGAAGGUCGUGAAGGUUCUGGUUUUGAAGAUGAUUACGAUGAUGAACCAGGUCUCCGAGUUCCUGCCGUCAACUCACACGGUAAAGUGAAGACAUUCAAAUGCAAACAAUGUGAAUUCGUAGCUGUAACAAAACUGAGUUUCUGGGAACAUAGCAAGGAACACAUCAAACCCGAGAAAAUGCUGUGUUGCAGGAAAUGUCCCUUUGUAACUGAAUACAAGCAUCAUUUGGAGUACCACAUGAGGAAUCAUUUAGGCUCGAAGCCUUUUCAAUGCUCCCAAUGCUCAUACUCUUGCGUCAACAAGUCCAUGCUGAAUUCUCAUUUGAAGUCCCACUCCAAUGUGUAUCAAUACAGAUGCGCCGAUUGUAACUACGCAACAAAAUACUGCCACUCGCUGAAGCUACAUUUACGGAAAUACAAACACAACCCGGCUAUGGUGCUAAAUUUAGACGGAACUCCCAACCCUCUCCCGAUCAUAGAUGUUUAUGGAACCCGACGCGGACCAAAACAGAAAUCCAUGAACAAGAUGUUCGAUCAGCCCUUGAAUAGCAAUCAAUCUCAACCGGCCGGUCCACCGACUCACUCUCUGUUCGGUAAUCACUUUCCUGUCAAUUUGCCGUAUCUGCCACCGCUUUUGCCACCAUCUUUCCUAUUUCCGCCCAACAAUAACUACGAACAUCAAAGGACUUCACCGAAUCUACCUGAAAUAAUUGAAAAGCGGCAUUCAAUUUCGCCCCAAUCGAUUUUGCAGCAACGUCUCUCCUACUCUGAACGCCAAUCUGAUGCUCACAUCACGCCGCCACCUGCGAAGAGUCCGAAUAGUAACCCCGUUACUCCUACAGCACACCCGAGCCCUCAACAGGCUCAAACCAACGACGCCCUUGAUCUUACUAAUGCAAAGACGAGUGAAGCUGGGUCACCACCGCCCACAGAGCGUCCUGCACCUCUAACACCAACUACAGCUAUGAAGAACAGAAGGAAAGGUCGCGCUUUCAAGCUACAGCCGGCAGCGCUGAGGCUCCAGCAUGAGGACAAUAAAGUAGAUAUGGAAAUGUCGGACGCAGAAUCCGAGGUUUCUAACGAUGCGCCAACAUCGACUGUUCCUAAUUUGUAUACCUGCCAAUAUUGUGAUAUAACGUUCGGAGAUCUUACAAUGCACACCAUCCACAUGGGAUUCCAUGGUUACAACGAUCCUUUUAUGUGCAACAAAUGUGGCGAAAGGAGUUCAGAUCGAGUGGCAUUUUUCAUUCACCUCGGUCGGGCUCAACACGCCUAGCUUGGUAUCCUAUAGUUAUAGCGCUAGUCAGAAUUAUUAUUAUAAAUGUGUUCUAAGUAAUGCAUAGAGUAAAUGGUAACCAAAGAAAUUGAUAGCGUUUGUAGAGUAGCUUGCUGCAAAUACCUAUUAAAACUAAGCUAAACUGCAUAUUAUAUUAUAUAAUAUCCUUAAAUCAUUCAUUUUGUCAUUAAGAUACAUAUUAUAAGAUAUUAUAUUAGUGAAGCGCUGUUUAGUAAAUUGAAAGAAACAAUUUAAUAUAACUUUUUAAGCGAAACAAUAUUAAACAAUCAUAACUAUUAUGUUAACUUUCAGUGUGAUUCUUUCAGUAUAGUUUAUUUAACGGAGUAUAUUUUGUAAAUAUAGUAAUUAGGCAUUCAUAAUUGGCUGUUGUUAUAAAUAAUGAUAUAGUAGCCCCAUUUGUAUCUUAUGUAUAUUUAAUGAUAAGGAAUCGUGAGAAAGUGACCAAAUGUAAAAAGACUGUGUCUCUUCAUUAAGUACAAAUUUAGUCACUUUAAGUUAAACUAAAUGUUUGUGUAAAUUAAUUAAUCACGGUGGAGUUACCUAUUAAGAGUUUGACGUUAAAAUAGAGACAACUGUCUCUCAAUUUUAACGUUAUGUAUGUGUAAGUAUCAGAUGUAUUUAUAAAGGUAGAAAGAGAUUUAUUUUAUUUAUUUAUUAUUAGCCUGUAUGAUUUCUGUAUUAAUUGAAUAUUGUCAAGGCAUGUCUUGAAGGCUUGUUUUUAGUGUAAUGUUACUUUUGUAAUACAUUGUCAAUGGUUUUCUUUUGAAAUGUAACCUGUAAUUCCUAUUGCGUGUGUUCUGGAUUAAAACUUAAAUUCAUAUAAAAUG